AUGCAUCUCGGAGUACUCUUGAAUCCGAAGCAGAACCUUCGUAACCAGCUAAUAAUUAUAUUUCUGGGGGUCUCGGAUUUAUGUGCACUGGGCAGUUGUUCUCAGUUUUGGAGGGGAAUCUGUGGCUCUGAUUGUUUAUGGAAGUCUUUGACAAGAGAAAGAUGGCCAUUUUCAGAUUCAUCACAAGGGUCUUCAUCAUCAUCAUCUUCAACUUCUAUCGAAAUCCCCAUCUCCAAGGGUUGGAAGAGCUAUUACAUCAAAAAGCACAAUGAGAUGGUAGAUAGAGUGGCUGAGGUAGUGGAGUUUGUGAGAAGAUCCCCAACGUCUGAAUCGAUUCAGGUUGGGGACUAUCUGAGAGCAAUUGAUAAUUUGCAUUCAAUGCAGCUUGGUUUUAAAGAUGUUCAAUUAAACUUUUUUCAAUCCAAAGCUUAAUGCACUGCU